AAAGCCAAGGUGCAGGAAAAACAGGAUUCAGUUCUUCACCCAAAGGCAGCCUGUCCUGGGAGACUGGGGAAAAACACCUGCUCCUGAUCUCCAUCACAGGAUCCAGAGCGUGUGUGUGGGAGGGGGGAGGCAAUACAGAGCAUCUGGCGACUCAAAGUGUGGGUCUCCCAGACUAGCAUCAAUCAACGUUACCUGGAAGCUCGUUAGAAAUGCAGAAUUUCAGGCUCCAUCUCAGACCCACUGAAUGAGAAACUGCAUCUUAACAAGAUCCCCGGUGAUUCAUAUGCACAUUAAAUUUGGAGAAGUGCUGGUCUGAGGCCCUCCUACUCUGCUUGGGUCCAUGAGUCCUAUCUUUAUUGUCACCACCUGCUCACACCCCAGGCCUUGAGCCUACCUUCCCACCGUGGGGGUAAGGACACAACCCCACCGGCCCCUUACUUCCCUACCAGGACCCCGGCCCUCUUCCAGGACUGGGGAAGCUAGAGUGGCUCCUGGAGCAGAAAGACACACAUAACACUCUCUGAGGAGGUCUACGACCUCUCCUGACAAAGUAUUCCAUGUUCCACAAGUGGUUCUGCUGCUGAGUCUCAGAUUCCACAUCCACAAAAGGUAGCCAAUGACAUCUACCACCCAGGAUGGCUGUGAGGGUAAGUGUGGAGCAACCAAAGACCCUGCCUGGGGCUCAGGGUAGGUGCCUUCUCCUCUUGUCUUCUCUCCACUCACAAUUCCUCCUUCACGUCUCUCUAACGCUGAUGGUGCCAUCAGAGAAGUUGUCUCUUUUUCAUUUUCUCCUACCAGGUCUCUCUUCUUUUAUAUUUAUUUUAUUUAUUUAUUUAUUUUUUAUUAUUAUUAUUUUUGCGGUACGCGGGCCUCUCACUGUUGUGGCCUCUCCCGUUGCGGAGCACAGGCUCCGGACGCGCAGGCUCAGCGGCCGUGGUUCAUGGGCCCAGCUGCUCCGCGGCAUGUGGGAUCCUCCCGGACCGGGGCACGAACCCACGUCCCCUGCAUCGGCAGGCGGACUCUCAACCACUGCGCCACCAGGGAAGCCCCUAUUUAUUUAUUUUUAAUUUAUUUAUUUUAUUUAUUUUUGGCUGCAUUGGGUCUUCGUUGCUGUGUGGGGGCUUUCUCUAGUGGCGGUGAGCAGGGUCUACUCUUUGUUGUGGUGUGUGGGCUUCUCAGUGCGGUGGCUUCUCUUGUUGCAGAGCACGGGCUCUAGGCAUGCGGGCUUCAGUAGUUGUGGCUCGCGGGCUCAGUAGUUGUGGCGCACGGGCCUAGUUGCUCCGCGGCAUGUGGGAUCUUCCCGGACCGGGGCUCGAACCCGUGUCCCCUGCAUUGGCAGGCGGAUUCUUAACCACUGCGCCGCCAGGGAAACCCCUCUCUCUCUUCUUUACUCUCAAACAGUUCACAAAGGUUGCUGACCAAGGCUGACUGUGCCCACCCCCACCCCCACUGGGUGGGUCAGUGCCCACCUCUCCGAACACUGGAAGUCCUCCCCGGCAUCCUUGGUCCCACUCUCCAGAAGAAUGGGAAGCCCUGUGCGCUCCCGGGCACCCACACUCCUCUGCCUCUCGCAGAGCUCAGGGCCUGGGCCUCAGUGGAUGCCAAGAACUGGAACCCCUGGCUCUGCUGCCCCCACCCCCUACUACCUGUUUCUCCCAGCUUCUCUCCCAUUCCUACCCAACCAAGGCCCUUUCAGGAGCCCCUCAGGGUUAUUCUCCUCUCCCUGCACACCAGGGCAAACUCAGAACUUGUCGUCCUCCUAGGAAGAGCCCCGCACCACCUGAGGGGAACGGUCCUCUACAGGCUGGGCUCCAGAUGCACGUGAGGCAGGGACACUCACGCCCUUACACGUGGGUGCCCCAGAAGAAGGGGUUUUCCUCCCCCCACCUUAGUUACCCUGCCCCUCUGCAGGUGACUAAACCACCAAGAUCCAGCCAGGGCCUCCCCCUUCUUGGCCUGAGGGUUAGCUCCCCAUCCUGAAAAACCUGUCUGGGGGCCUCCCCUGAGGCUGUAGGGUCCAAGGGGCAGGUUGGACAGGAUUCCCCUCUAGCCCCUCCUACCCCCAGGACAAAAUCAGAAACCCCGGGGGAGGGCCGCACUUUCCUUAGGAAGCCACAGCCUGCCAGCACCCACCACAGCUCCCAGCUAUGGCAUCUCUGCUGCCUGUCCGGACCUUGUCCUUGAUCCUGAUUCUGCUGGCUGUCCUGGCCCCCAGGGCUGCAGCCGACUUCAACAUCUCAAGUCUCUCUGGUCUGCUGUCCCCAGCGCUGACGGAAAGCCUGCUAGUUGCCCUGCCCCCCUGUCACCUCACAGGGGGCAAUGCCACACUGAUGGUCCGGAGAGCCAAUGACAGCAAAGUGGUGAAAUCUAGCUUCGUGAUGCCUCCAUGCCGCGGACGCAGGGAGCUGGUGAGCGUGGUGGACAGUGGGUCUGGCUUCACGGUCACCCGGCUCAGCGCGUACCAGAUGACAAACCUAGUACCAGGAACCAAAUACUACAUUUCCUACCUAGUGACGAAGGGGGCAUCCACUGAGUCCAGUAGAGAGGUCCCAAUGUCCACACUUCCUCGAAGGAAGGCAGAAUCUAUUGGGCUGGGAAUGGCCCGGACGGGGGGCAUGGUGGUCAUCACGGUGCUGCUCUCUGUAGCCAUGUUCCUGCUGGUUCUGGGCUUCAUCAUCGCCCUGGCACUGGGUGCCCAAAAGUGAGGAGGACAGCACCAGGCAGCAGGCUCCUCCAGGAAGUCCAAGGCACCGUCCAUUCCCCCAGCUCAGGGCCCUGCUUUUGCUCCUGUCUCCUCUGCUGAAAAGACUGCCUGCUCCCAGGCCACAGGUGUCAGGCUCUGGCUCCUCUGGUGCCAUCAACUCCCCUCCCUGCCCCCUCUCCACUGCAGCUCUUUCCUCCCUCUGUCCCCCUCCUUGUCCCCUAAGGCCUCACCUUGGCCCAACACUCCCUAUUAUUCCCCUCAUCCCACUCGUGUCAGAAUUGGUUUUCCUCCCAUUUCACCUCUUAACCAAUCGCUACCCCUGACAGACAGGAAUUUUUCCUUCCCUCAGUGAAAUUAGUUCCUACAAUAAAACCUGAUGCCAUGUUGCUGUGUGUGUUUCUCUUCAACGCGCUCCACUUUGGGGUGAACCUACAGAAUCUGUGUCCAGGCUGCAGCUGCUCCCAGUCCUCUCUCUGCCCUGGAACCCCAAAGC